AUGGCGAACGGAUGGAGUAUUAUCAUCGGCCUGGUGAUUGUCGCCGGCAUGUGUGUGGCCGCCUGGGUCUUUUCGCCCAAGGGUGAGAACCAAGUACUAUGGCGAUCGUCCCUCAUCCUCGCCUUCGUCAGCUGUUAUCUCAUGUGGGCUAUCACCUUCCUUGCGCAACUACAUCCCCUCAUCGAACCCAGACGUUCCGAUUUGCGCAAAGAAUACAUUCACCACUGA